ACACAAAACACAAAAAACAAAACCUGUUAGAGUAAAAACCAAUCACAGCUUUUGAGAAUAAGUGCCCAGGGAAAUAUCAGAAGAACCAGUGUGAUCACAUAGAAGAUAAGAGAUUAGAAGGGAGGAAUAUUGUUACAUGUUAAUAAAUGAAAAAUGAGAAAAUAAGUUUGAAAAGUGGCUUAGAUUUGGUGAUAUAUUUGUGGUAACAGAGAAUGUUGUUACAAAUAAUGAGAAUGAAGUAAAUUAUUGCGGAACAGCUAACAGACCAUAUAUCAUAGAAAUAUGUGCAUUUUCAUUCAGAUAUUUAAUGGACACUGUUAUUUUUUCCUAAAGGUACUGGACACAGAACAUGACAGGAAGAAAUCAAACUGUUAUCUCAUACUUCUUCCUCCAGGGCCUGCCGGUUGAGCCAGAGCAACAAAACCUAUUCUUUGCCCUGUUCCUGGCCAUGUAUCUUACCACCGUCCUGGGGAACCUCCUCAUCAUUUUCCUGAUUCGCCUGGACUCUCAGCUCCACACGCCCAUGUAUUUGUUUCUCAGCAAUUUGUCUCUGUCUGAUAUCUGUUUCUCUUCAGUGACCAUUCCCAAAUUGUUGCACAACAUGCAGAGCCAAGACCCAUCCAUCCCCUACGCAGGCUGCCUGACCCAGAUGUACUUCUACCUGUUUUUUGCAGACCUGGAGAGCUUCCUCCUUGUGGCCAUGGCCUAUGACCGCUAUGUGGCCAUCUGCUUCCCCCUGCACUACACCACCAUCAUGGGCCCCAAGCUCUGUCUCUCCCUGGUGGCUCUGUCCUGGGGGCUGACCAUGUUGCAUGGCAUGUUACACACACUGCUCAUGGCUAGGUUGAGUUUUUGUGCCGACACUGUGAUUCCUCACUUUUUCUGUGACAUGUCUGCUCUGCUGAAGCUGUCCUGCUCUGACACUCAAGUUAAUGAGUUGGUGAUAUUUAUCAUGGGAGGGCUCAUUCUUGUCAUCCCGUUCCUACUCAUCAUCACAUCCUAUGCACGCAUUGUUUCAUCCAUCCUCAAGGUCCCUUCUGUUAGAGGUAUGCGCAAGGCCUUCUCCACCUGUGGCUCCCACAUGGCUGUGGUUUCACUGUUUUAUGGGACAGUUAUUGUUCUCUAUUUAUGCCCAUCAGCUGAUAAAUCUCCUGUGAAGGAGAUAGUCAUGGCUAUGAUGUACACUGUGGUGACGCCCAUGCUGAACCCGUUCAUCUACAGCCUGAGGAACAGAGACAUGAAGGGAGCCCUGGGAAGAGUCCUUUGUAAAAAGAAAACUUCCUUCUUUAUAUGAUGGUGAAACUUGAAUUUUUAUAUAUUUAUUAAAUUUAUUGGAGUGCCAUUGGUUAAUAAGAUUUUAUAGGUUUCAAGUGUACAUUUCUAUGAUACAUGAGACAAGAUGAAAUACUGCCAUUUGCAAAAGUAUAGAUGGGCCUUGAGAAUAUCAUGCUAAGUGAAAUAUGUCAGACAGAAAAAGUUAAGAACCAUGAUUUCUUUCAUAUGUGGGAUAUAAAAUGGAAUUCUUGUACCAUUAUAUCCAGUGACAUAAUAUU